GUAUUAUUAUUUAGCAUAGUCUAGUCUGAUAACGCGGGUAAUGUGUAAUUGAAUUUCUUGUAAAUUCACAAAAAUAAUAUAUUUAUUGUUAAAUUUUUAAAUUUUUUCGUAUUUUAUUUUUUUAAUUAUUCGUUUUUGUUUUGAUUCGAUCCAUUUCAUAGUAUUGAAUAUUUUUUAUUGUUUUAUGCCUAACCAUUGUUACAAUUACCAGUAAUUUACUAGUCACUAACUUUGGUGAUAUACACAAAUUCUGCGUUUUUAAUUUAAAUUACAUCUAUUUUCUUAGUCAAUAUGGAGUGUGGUUUAGCUUCAACAUAUACCAGUAGUACUGCAAAACCUUCUAGUGCUGUAUCGGGUAAUAGAAGUCCAGCAAAGACUGGCUUACAUGUCAAUUUUACUGAAAAAGUAGAAGUAAAAGAGAAAAGAGAAAAAUUUCUAACAGCCAAGUAUGGUGCCCACCAAAUGAGCCUAAUAAGAAAACGUUUAGCUGUCGAAAUGUGGUUGUUAGAAGAAUUGCAAAAACUCUAUAAUUUACCUAAAAGAGACCCAGCAGUUGAAGGAAUAGAGUGUGAAGUGGAAGUUGAUAUAGACGAUCUUUUAGAUAUGGAUGACGAUUGCCAGCGUACACAAUUUCUUCAAAAACUCUUGUCAUCGGCCAAAUCUAAGGAAAAUAUCAAAGAAUUCAUUGAGAGAUUACUUGAAAAGAUUAAAACAUUAUAAAUAAUAACAGGCGGAAUACAACUACAAAUAUUCAUCUGCCGUGCUAGCUCGUAACUGCCAAGCAAGAAAUGUCAAUUCUUGCCAAUUAAAUAGCAUUACAUGCAUUUUGGAGAAAAUAUUUUUACUAGAAAAUUAUAAUAAAAAGUACCGUCCAGAUUUAAAAUAAGUAGGUUUGAAUAUUGCACCAUAAUGAGAAGUGGCAUAAAGUAAUAUCUUUACUAUGUGUAUGUACUUUAUUCAAGCCGAACUGUUUGUUUAGUAUUUUUAUUCAAUCAGUUAAAAAAAAUUUGUUGUAUUAUUUUUCAUAAUAUUUCGACAUUACUAUUGAUGUACAUACAUGGUUGUAUGUGGUAGGGGCUUUUUAGUUUAAGUUCUGGACAUUUUCAUCUGUUACGGUAAAAUGUUAAUAAUCCACUUACAUAAAUAUUAUUCAGCUACAAUUCAGUGAAUAUGUAUAAUUAGUAAUAACAAGUUUGGUUUAUAUAAAAUUAUAUUGUAUAUACAAAUAUACUAAUGGUUCAGUACCUACUUGUUUUUCAAGUAUAUGUUUUUAACUUAAAUUUAUGAUAUGCAUUCACAUUCUCAGUUCUUAAGACUGAUCUUUUUAUUGCAAACAAAAAUGUAAUAUUUAUCUAUUAAUUUAUAGUAUUCUAUCAUUUUAAAAUGCACAUUUUUACUUAAUAGUGUAGAAACAGUAAAAGAAAAUAAAUAAACUAUUUUAGUUGAAAAAUAUAUUUACAAUAUUUCAAUUCAAAAAUAUUUUAUGUUCUUAUGGAUAUUUGUUGUUUAAUUUUUUUUGCAUAGUAUAUUUUUUUUAACUAUAUGAAAAAAACAACUUUGGAAAAGCACAAAUUAUAAAGUUCAUGCAUAAAUUAUGAACUCGUAAUUUCUUAUAUAAUAUUAUUAUAAACUAAAUUAAAUUUUAACUGUAUAUCGAUUGCCUAUUAUUAUUUUUUUAAUGUUAGAAAGUGAUAUUUUUGUUCUCGUUCAAAUACUAUAAACAUAAUAUGUAUGUCCAUUUACGCUAAAAGUACUUCUUGGCUGCAAUCAAUUUUUAUC